AUGGAAGACAAAAAUGAACCUGCAGAGAAUUCGAAGUCUUUUGGUGAUGACGGAGUAAUUUUGGAUCGUACGAGGUCUAUUGUCGAUGUUCACGAAAUUUCCAAUGGACCAAGCCAAGCUACAAAUCCAAAAUUGGGCAUGAAAAUUGUCAAUAUCACUCCCAUAGGAUUUCAAGAUGUUGAAGCUGCUGUUACGCCCAGCGGAGUGAAGUGCCCUGAAGGUGUGAGAUUGACAAUACUUACGAUAGCUUUGACGUUAUUAGUCUUCGUAAUGUCUCUGGAUAAAAGCAUUAUUGCGACGGCAAUCCCCAAAAUAAGCACCGAGUUUCAAAGUAUUGAUGAUAUAGGCUGGUACACCAGCGCCUAUUUACUUCCGCUCAUGGCUCUUCAGCCGACAUUUAGCAAAAUUUAUACCUACUUUGAUAUGAAGAUCGUUUUCCUUUGCGCUUUGUAUGGUAUCUCUGUUUUGGCUCUUCAAUGGGGUGGUACUAAUUAUCCAUGGUCGAAUUCCAAAGUAUGGGCGUUGAUACUGAGUUUUGGACUUCUCCUGACAUCCUUUACUAUUCUACAAUUGUACCUGGGCGACAGGGCUACUAUACCUCUUCGUAUUUUUCUUAACCGCAGUCUUACCCUCAGUCUUCUCACCUCGGCCCUCUUAUAUUUGGGGACUAUCGUGCACACGUUCUAUCUUCCUUUCUACUUCCAAUCAGCCAAAGGAACAUCGGCUGCUGGCUCUGGGCUUCGGAUGUUGCCAUAUACAGUCACACUUUCAGUAUCUCAGCUGGUGGUAGGAAGCGCUGUUGCUUCAAUAGGUCUUUAUUUACCGUUCAUGUGGAGUGGCGCCGCGAUUUUCACCAUCGGUGCUGGUUUACUUACUUCUUUCAAACUUUGUGCCACCGCUGUUCGAGCAUCUGUCCGUGACAAGAAGGAUAUACCGAUAUCUAGUGCAUUAACUAUCUUUGCACCCUUCUUUGGUAGCUCGCUUGCAGCCACAAUUGCCCAAAACAUAUUCAGGGUGGAACUUAUACACAGCUUGCAGGAUUCUGAAGUGGCUAACGACACAAACGCUAUUGUUGCAGCUAGAGCAAUCGAUGGGGUAAAUCUGGUUCCAGGUACUUUGAGGGAUGUUGUCCGGGAAGCUUACAAUGUUGCCGCAUCCAAAACAUUCAUGAUAGCAUUAGUAAGUGGUGGCCUAGCGUUUUUUUGUACACUUGGGAUCGAAUGGAAGAGCAUAAAAAAGCCGGCGAAGGUAGAAUCCCCCAUCAGAGAUGAAGACGAAGCAAACAAUGCCACGGAGGAGAGAGAAAAACAUGUAUAG